AUGGUUGUAACUGUGACAGGCAGUGUGGGAGCCCUCUCAGCCCUCUCAGCCCUCUCAGCCCUCUCUGACGCUGCGGGUGCGGGGGAUAUUUUGGAGCUUUCCACAAGCGAGCACACAAUCGGCGGUUUCCGCAGCACUCUCCGACCACUGCGUCAACUUCACCACCAACACCAUUCUCGACUUCCCGCCCUCGACCCCGAAAUUAGCUUUCUCCCUCACGGUCGUCCCCCCACAACCGCAAAUAUGGAUCAAGCAAAGUUGGCGCGUAUGCAAGCGUCGGUGCGCAUUGGCACGCGUGUAGGCGGAAAGGGUACUCCCCGCAGGAAGGUCAAGAAGGUCCACAAGAACUCUGGCACCGACGACAAGAAGCUCCAGACGGCGCUGAAGAAGCUCAAUGUUCAGCCCAUCCAGGCCAUUGAGGAGGUCAACAUGUUCAAGAGCGACGGCAACGUCAUCCACUUCUCGGCACCCAAGGUCCACGCCUCAGUACCAUCAAACACCUUCGCCAUCUAUGGGAACGGCGAGGACAAGGAGCUGACAGAGCUGGUCCCUGGUAUCCUCAACCAGCUCGGCCCAGACUCGCUCGCAUCGCUGCGCAAACUCGCCGAGAGCUACCAGAGCAUGCAGAAGGAGAAGGGCGAAGAGGGCGACAAGAAGGAUGAUGAUGAAGAGGAUGACGACGAGGACAUCCCAGACCUUGUUGCUGGCGACAACUUCGAGUCAAAGACCGAGGUCGAGUAA